AUGGUCGAUAGUGGUGUCCCCCAGGGUUCAGUUCUGGGACCCAUUUUGUUCCUUAUCUACGUGGACGAUGCCGCAAGAGAUUUAGAUUGUGAAGCUGCAAUGUUUACGGAUGACAUGAAGAUAUGGAGUGUAAUUCGGGGUCCUGCCGAUGAAGACAGACUGCAGAUGAACCUGAAUCGGUUGGAGGAGUGGUCAAACCGUUGGCUCCUGCGGUUCAACGUUGCCAAAUGUAGCAUACUUCGCCUAGGCAACACAGCCAGAUCCGCCAGCACAAGAAACUACUUUCUGGGCGGUGCAGCCCUACAAGAGGUCGAAGCCCAAAGGGACCUUGGUGUGCUGACGACGAGUUCCCUAAAACCAUCCGCCCACUGUUCGAGGGUGGCAAAAACCGCAAUGUCCGUACUGUACGCCAUCAAGCGUGCGUUUAUGGACUUUAACGAAGAUGCUUUCUCUAAGACAUUUGGAACAUUCGUCCGGCCGCAUUUAGAGUACGGCAUACAAGCUUGGAGGCCGUGGGCUAUUGUGGAUCAAAACUGCCUCGAAAGAGUCCAGAGGAGAACCACGAAGAUGGUUAGGGGUCAACGCUCCUUUCCUUAUGCAACCCGCCUAGUAAAUCUAAACCUCUUUCCUUUGAGUUACAGGCAACUUCGCGGAGAUCUCUUGCAAGCCUUCCGCAUUGUCAAGGGGUUGGAUUGCAGUCUGGCCUUCGAAGACUUUUUUGAAUUUGCUACCACGACCAACCUCCGCGGUCACCCGUUAAAACUGCGCACUCAGCAGGCACGGCUGGAUGUGCGGAAGUUCUCCUUCGCGGUUCGGGUGGUCAAACCAUGGAAUGAGCUUCCCGCAGAUGUUGUGAUAUCACCAUCUAUACAAAGUUUUAAGAAGAAUCUGGACAUAUUUAUGUUCCGAAAUGACCAAGAGCGAUGAGAAGUCGAGCUCACCCCUGUAACUCCUUCUCAUUUUGUCCCACCAUUAUGGGCGUGUUCGAACUAUUUCAGCCCAGAACAUCUAUCUGUACACCACACAUUUUUUACGUUGCAAAUAGGGUACUCAAAGGCUUACGCCUAUUUCCCUUAAUAAACUGAACUGAACUGAACUGAACUGCAUAUAUUGAACAGACGUACCUUGAUUUCCAUUUACCCAUGCUUCUAUACCGAAACGUGUCGUUGGUUAAGUGAAAGACACAGCCUUAUCGUGGUGUGAUAGAGCAUAAUUUGUCAGCAUAAGCAGUGAGCAUGACAUCCUUUACUGAAGCGGCAGAGGAGAUUCGACAGACAGAGGCAAAAUUGUUAUCGAGAGUGGUUUCAGCCCUCUAAGAAGCUUGGCCAUGUACAAAGCGUAUGUCUGGGCAUACACUUUGUGCAUCUGCGACCAUUCAAUGAAGACAAAAUAAUCGCCGGCAUCGUGGAGCCGAGGACUGAGUGGUAUGCGGGCAAACAGCUGUAUAUAGGUACGCAAGGUAGACGAAAGGAGGCUUGGGUUGGCCGAAGUGUUGGCGCCUCCUAAAGAGGUCUGGAACGGUACCCUCUUCUAUGCCAUAAGUCGGCCGAACGGUUGAUUCCUUUUUAAGUACAGUCUACACCAGGUACGCGGGUGUCAUUUUCAGCGGUAUUGAAAGAUUUAUGAUCAGAGACAAUAUGAGAGUUGAGGGGGGAUGAAAUGGUAUAUGAAGGAGACAUGUAAGGGCGCGGAUUGUGGGAUAGGCCCAUUUUUGUCUAUGGGGCUGGGCUGGCAGUUCCCCUGGGACAGCCGCCUUUACCCGGUCAACGCUGACCUCGUCUAUUGCGAUGCAGCGAAGGGUAUGGCAAGUCCUGGUGUUGUCUGAGAGUACCUUAUUCAUUCAUUCAUUAUGUGAUUCCAGCGGCUCAAGCAGUUGAUCCAUGAAACAAACAUUGGAGUGCGACCCCUAAAGUCUUUUUCGACAUAAGGCUCGGCCGAUGGAUUGCGCAACGUGAACAAUGAAGACAAAAAUAUCUCCAGGCGUUGCCCAACGUUAUCCGGAUUUUUGUAUUUGAAGCUAGAGGCUGGGGUAAACUGCUCCUUUGGCAGUCGGAAGGUUGUGUCGAACAUCAAUUCAGCUACGUUGUAGUCCGGAUCCAAUUGGCGUGCCACAUAAAAGGUAAAAAUGUUUGGGGCAGAUAGUCAGACCAAUUCGUUUGGUCUUCUGUCUCACGCAUUUUUAUAUUGGAUUAGCCGUGGAAACGUUUGACCAUGCCGUUGGGUAGGUACUAAAGGAUGGGUUGUCGCACGAGUAUAUGAGCAUGAAUGCAAACAUACGAGAACUUGGAAGAGGGCAGACUGGGAAUGAGCAUCCUAGUAAGUUUAAGUCGGUCUAGUAAGGGAAUGAGGCUUUCGCACAUGAACUCCGUGUUCACAUCAAAAAGCAGCAAUACAAUCCAUUGUUACAUCAGUAAAUCUGAAAAUUCAGAAGCCAACGGUACGUGUGAGCCAGGCUCAAACUACCGCCGCUACCACGAUCGUGAUUAUAUAUAGAGUAAUUUCUCAUAAAAUGAGCAUCUGGUCUGCAAGUAAAGGAUUCAGUGGUUUCCGAAAGAAACACCAGGGAGUCCGUUUCAUCCACCAAUGACCCUAUGCGAGAAGGCCUUCCGUCGGAUGUAUGUGUGGGCCAGUUUCAUCUGCAGGUUAAAGUGAUGACCAUGCAGACGAUCCGUCUCACACAAUUCGAAGAAUUCGUCAAAGUAAUUUGAGUAACAGACGGCUACAGAGUAACUUGAUACAGACAUUAGGCCUUAUGCGCUUUCAGGGGUGUUGUAUUGCGCCUGAGAAAUUAAUCGAGUAAGUGACCACUGCAAACCUCUGUGGACAUCCAGGCAAACUAAGUAUAACUGGGACAAGGCUAGGCGUUCAGUAGUUGUUUGUUUUUAAGCAAAGAGACUGGAUCAUGGUAUGCUGUCCCUGUGUGUGCCGUUAUGUCCACAUCCGUAGAACAUUUUAAGAGAAAACUGGAGUAGUGUGACUUUUCUCACUACAAUGUGCGACCAGCAUCGUUUUGACGUCUUACGCUGACAGGCAAUUACUGUUAAAAUACUACUAUUUAAGUAACAAUAGCGUGUCCUUUUGAAAUGUUUUGCUGUCAACGACUCGCUGCAUAUACCUACCAACAUUCGCAUUGUCUCUAAAAGAAUAUCGGCACCGCGUCACGUUCCCUGCCUAUUUAGUUUUCUACGUAUUAACGAGUGUAUAUAUUCUCAGCGCUGUUUUUACUUGAGAUCAUCCUACUGUCAGUAAGGUAUUAUUAUCUGAUUGGUGCAAGGUAAGUGUUACUUUUUUCGAGUUUGUUUUGUAUUCCAUUUGCUUACAACCACGAAAAAACCGAAUCGAACAUGGCCGCCAGUGACCGACGAAAUUCUUGGCGAUGGUGCUUCCCUUCACACUCGCGGGUACUGGCAUCCGCAGAGCAGAUAUGCCGAGUGAGUCACGCAAAGGCGUCUGCGUAGCGACUGGAUGGAGGCAAGUCCCUAUGUCAUUCAGAUGAACAUGAGUGAACCAUGCGUCCUUGGUGGAGAAUGUGUCAGGAGAAACACGCUGUGGAGUAACACCAAGCUUUGGUGAUAUCUUGGACACAAUCGCACACGGUUUUCAAGUCUUCGUUCGAAUUAUUGCCAUCUCUGACUGCUGAGCCCCGUGUAAAUUUUCUCACCUCGGCAAACAUACUCGUGUAACUUUAUUGUUCCUGCCUUUUGGUUUGGGAAUAUUCUAGCUGCCGACCGUAGUACCAUGGCAAUCUUGGCAAUCAUUUAUUAACGCCGUCUGGUUGCUCCCGGAUAUCGAUCUCGUUAAAGGCACUAUUACUUUGCAGCUUUGUCGUGGCAUAUGGGAACGCCCGAGUGCUGCUGGACAAUUCCUCUUACUCCCAUUAGUUGUGCUUUCAUUCAGUUUUCACCCAAUUUAUGGACAGAAAUCUUCUUAUCAUGGGUUGCAUUUAAACCCGGCGAAAGUUUGAAGAGGCACUCUAGGAACACCCACCGAACCACUGGAUUACAAUUCUAACGUAUUCAAUUGUAGUCGGUAAAUGACUUCUCAUGAUAAGUGUUUGAAAAUCCGACUAAAUUCUCACGCCUUAAUCCUAGAAUUAUAUUUUAAAAAACAGACCAGAAACUAUGAAAUGCAUGCCAAACAAUUUUCGAUUCGCCUGACGACGAAAGCAGUAGUUAUGUUAUUCUACAAAAUAAGAUUUGGUUGCCAAUACUACCCCUUCCAUCCAUUUUAAUUCACAUAACCAAGGAUAAAAGGCUAUGGCUUAAAACCAAAGGGGUUACCGAAUUUGUGUGUGGGUAUCUUUGUGGAAAUGUAACAAAUUGUCAGGUGGUCGCAAAUGAAUUUCAAAUCGCGACAAACUUUUGCAUAUAUGCAAAUGACGGCGUUAAUUAUGGAAGAGCAUGCAAUCUCAUCAUUGCUUUCCAAAAUAGGUAUGGAAUGAUGAAAACCCGCAGGACCUCAAUAAAUCUGAUAUUGUAACAAACAAAGUAUAAUCGCCAGACACUCGAGUGGGCGCUAAUAUUAACAGUAUAGGUGGGUUUUAACAAGACAAAGUGAUAAAUGACGUUUUUCCCGUGGGAUAUUUACAAAUGCAACACGAGUAUUUUCGCCGUCAAUGUCCACAAUAAUUACGCCCAUUUACCGCGAGAGGAGUGAGUAGUGGAGGAUAAUUACGAACGAUGGGUGAUGUGUACCAGUUUUGAAUAUCUCAUGUAUAGUGCAAAUAAGUCCACUUUUCCGCAGUACGGACGUUCAUUGAAGUGAGGCCUGGACGGUAUUUUCAAUCACUCAAGGACAUAGUGAUACCAGAAGGGUGCUUAUUCAGGCAAAGCGGCGAAAUAACUGCUUUUUUGGGAUUUAACUUUUAAAUUGCCUUGGACGUGUGCUAGCCCAAGAUGAGGAAAACAUAUUGGAUUUACAAACCAUCCCGUCAAUAAGUGUUGGCGAUAGUACAGUUAUGCCCUUCGAAUAUUUCAUGUUCUCCUAGUCUGAUCCACUUUUACAAAUGAAAAGAUACCUCUAGAUCUUUUAGCAUGUAAACGCAUAUCUCAGCAAUACUAUGGUAACCACAAUGCUGGUUACAUUUAGCGAAUAUUGGUGCAUGUUCCGUUUUGUUGGUUAAAGAAUCAUUAAUCUAGUUUAUCCAAUGAGACGAAAGGAAACUGCAACCGUCCGCCGUGGGCAAAAUGGGAACUGUACACUGACUUUACGAGAAGAAAUAAGAUGUGCGGAGGAUUUCAGCUAUCGAAGUGUACAGAAUACUUGCCUAAUACAUACAAACGACGGCGAGAUGUGCGUAAAGCUGAGGCUAAGAGACUUCGAAGGAACUAUACAUUAAACAUACUCCCGAAGUCUUUGGAGCACCCCAAAAAUCUUUACAGUUACAUACGUCCUAGUAAAAUGAACCGUGACCGAUUUCGAUGCUGAGGUCACAAAACAGACUAUUGGAGACGGAUAACCAACGAAAGCAUCAGGCCUCUCUUUUUCUUUCAAUCGGUGUUCUCUUAUGAAUCGAAUCUUCUCCCCCAAACCCACCCAGCAUAACAAUAAAAUUCUGCAUUGUUUGCAUUAGAAAGUAGUCUUUACUUCUCGCCCACUUCGAUAAUGACAGAAAGAAGUUGACUGAAGUCUUCAAAUCACCUGGUCUAGAUAGAAUUUAUUCAGUUGCCUUUUCGUACUGUGUAAGCCGGUACCUAUGAUAUCCCGGGAGUCCAUGGAAGGUUAACUGACAGAGUAAUGGAAAACUGUCUUUCUUUUCCAAUCUACAAAGGCAGGUCCCGCAUGAGGUCCGAAAAUUAUGGUCCCAUUGGUGUAACCUGCAUUUUGUCCAAGGCUGUGGAAUGAUUUAUUAAGAGACAUAUGAUGGGGAUUAUGUAGCAAAGGCACCUUAUAUCUGCUGUACGGCACGACUUUUGUCGUGGUCACUCAUGUUUUGUGAGUAGUUUUGCAGUAAGAAUAGGUUGAAACCUAGUUAACUUCGCCAAUGGCGGGAGUGAAGAUAGUAGGCAUAGUGGCUGACAAAGCGUCGGGGUGUUCUGGCCACUGACGGGAGUGUGAGAGUUAGCGGUCACCGUCUUCCUCGUAGACGCUGUAGCCGAGAUGACGGAGACAGCGGUGACCAACGGCUGCGGACUACCCGGACUGCGACUAGCGGCAGUGUGUUUUAGUCAUCUAGGAUGCUUUGGGUGCUGGAGCUGGUAAUGUGAAUAGGCGUAAUUUCCGGUCGUUGGGCUUUUGGUACAUUGAACCAGGAGUUGUCCGCCGAGAUCGAUCUAGAGGCGAAAUAUUCAUGGAAUAUGGAGCAUGUUGGGAGGGGGGUUGGGUCUUGGCUCUGAGAAUCGCGGGCAUAUGAGACUCGCAAACUUUUCUCCUGAAUCCGACAGGGGAGAUUUAGUUUGUUUCACAUAUUGCUGCUUCAGUCUUCACUGUCCUUCUCCAGGCCAAUACGUCAUUUGUGAGGUUUUCCAGGUCUUUGAGGGGAUUUGUAACUGCAACAAUUAUACUUGUACCGGCGCAUACUUAGCGAUAUCUUCACAAAAGAGACGUCCUGAAAGUUGUUCAUCAUUCAUCCUCACCAGGUUGUCGCGUCGUCGUGGUUGUGUCAGCGUCAGCUUGGUGAGAUGUGUAUGGGUUUGUGGUUGGUCUAAAACUCCGGACAUUCCACCUAUAGUUAGUAGCGGCGACGAGCAUGUCUAUGGAAGCCACAAUGACUUUCUUGCAACCGUCUCUAGUCUCAACGCCCAUUGAAGAGGUUAAGAAGGAUGUACGUAAGAAUAUCCCGCGUGAUUUUGAGCAGCGAGACUUCCUUAUUUUCCUCAUUGUAUUGCCAAUCCCCUUUCGGCUUAUGAGACGGACGAUUCCAGUGUCUUUGAAAUCUUGAAGAAUUUGGCCUUGGUGCCAUAUCGUUUAGCAGGGCAGCUGAAAGUUUGUCCAUCAUUUAGGGCCACUAUACUUGUAAAUGUCUGCCGUGGUCGCGUCGGAGCCUGACUGUUUCACGCUGGAGAGUCGCUGUCUAGCACCGAAAGCUUUUGAGAGGGAUGGCAAGUUGUCAGGGUCGGUAUUCAUUUCCACUUGGGAGGUUCGAUUAAUAACGGCCUAAGAUAUCAAGGAUGAGCACUCGAAAGCAUUCCUGAAAUGCUCGGUCUAGUGUCCCAGAACCUAUGAUUUAUUUGCUAAAAGUGUCUUUCCGUCAGUGUUGAGGAGAGAGGUUGUUAUUCUGACUGGAAAGCCAGAGGUGGCCUAGGUUGAUAUGGAAAGUUUUGUUUCACUGAUGUGCGCAUACCUCCUGACCUCAUCGGCCUUAAGAACUACUCAGACGACCUCCAUUACCCGUGGUUGUUGCUACACAAGUCGGCGACGUCUGUAGAAAGCCAUUUCGUUUGCUUCGGUUCGGAAAUCGAUGAAGACUUUGCGCCGCCUGUUAUCUUAAUCAAGUAAAUCGCUGAUAUCCGCAUCAUCGCCACCAAGCCAGUCCUGGUUCUAUAGACAUGAGCAUCGAGAGAGCCGGUGUGGUGUUGUGGAUAGCGUCCGGCAGCUGGCAUUGACAGAUCUCCACGGGGUCUUUUCAUUUGGUGCUUACAGAUCCUGCAGUUGCAUGAUUAGUUAGUUUCUGAAAACGAAAUUUUUAGCAGGCAGAUUCACCCACACCAAUUUAACCUGCUAUGUAGUCGCUUACCUUAUGGUGUUCUGUGUGGUUACAUUCAUAGCCCCGCUCUGGAUAUAACGAGGACGUGGUCGGCUUACACGCUGGAACAAGAGGCAGUCGUUGUCACCAGCACCUCCUGCUGGUCAGCCUCCCGACGAGAACGUGAUCCAGGAACUUGCAGCAGCGCAGUCGAGGAUGCAUUCAUGCCGCCUCCUUCAGCGCUGAAGUGGGGAAAAGGAGUUGAUCAGGAGAAGGCGUUGUUCUGUGCAGUUUCGCGGGAGAAGGAGGCCGUUGUCGUUGAGGAUUGCGAUUCCCUGUGA